CGGAUUUACAUGCACGGACAAGGCUGCCGAAGACUUGGAUGAUGAUGAUGAGGAGGAUGAAGAUGAGGAUGUUGAUGAAGAGGAUGAUGUUGAUGGAGAUGCUGGAGUCACUGGUGUAGGAUGGUAUACAGGUUUCUUGAUGUUGGAAGCCUCCGAAGUGGACGGAACUGGAGCAGAUUUACUGGUGGCAGUUGUAGCAGAUUUGGUGUUGGUAGCUGGAGCAGAUUUACUGGUGGCAGUUGAUGGAAGAGGCGCAGCCAGGGCAGAUGGUAGUAGGGGCGCAGCCUUACUGGUGGCACUUGAUGGAAGAGGUGCAGCCAGGGCAGAUGGUAGUAGGGGCGCAGCCUUACUGGUGGCACUUGAUGGAAGAGGUGCAGAUGCUUGGGUGGACAGCUUCUGGAUCUUAGCUGGUGAUGGAAAUGGCCCUGGAGAUAUUGGCUCUGUUAACGGCUGGUGUGACUGUGAUAACACGGGGUACCCGGUUUAUGAGGGAGGAGAGGUUUUUUCUGAAGAUGGUCAGGUCCUGUUCAUCAGCCGCAGUGAAUUGUCCAGUCUUGCGAUUGACGGGGGAGAAGGUGGCUCCAGGACACUUAGACUUAUGGUUUUCAGGCCGAUUGUACACCUGCUUGCACUGGCUGCAUUUGUAUCCAUAACCACUAUGCUGCUCAACCAAAUGGCGCUCACAUUGAAAACGUUUUUCAAACUCAAAAUCUGUACAUAUGCCGCACUGGUACAUGCAGAUAUUCUGGAAAUAAAAGGUGAAAUGGAUGAAUAAUGGAAGGCAAAGGUAAAGGCAAAGAAAUCCAGCUAUGGUUUGAACCAGGUGGGAACACUAUCUCCCAGGGUCAACUGGUAAUUGGACACCUUCUCCAGCACCAGCAGAGAUGCUGCGGUCAACAGGGGUGAUUUCUGGGUCACUAUCAUUCAUGGUAGAAUGAUUUUCAUCACUUGGUUUAAAGAACACUUCAUUGGACUCAUUGGAAAUAUCCAUUGUAAAAUGAUUUGGAAUAAUAAAAAUGUUUAUAAAAAUA